AUGACAUUCGGAACACUUUAUUAUCACCCUGAUUAUGCCAGAAGCAAUUGGCUUGUGGCGUUGGGCGACUAUCUAGGUCUAACAAUCGAGGGAAAGGUAGCAGCUGAUUCUACAGAAUUUCCCGAGUCAUUUCCAUUGAAAAGGACCCCUGCAUUUAUCUCAUCGGAUGGAUUCAAAUUGACCGAAUCAUUGGCCAUUGCUUUCUAUAUCGUCAACAGCUCUUCGAAACCAGAAAUUGCUGGCAAGACGGUUCAAGAGCAGGCAAACAAUUGGAGAUGGUAUUCAUAUUUAACUUCUGACAUGGUCAAUCAUGUUGGCUCUAUUUACUUUGCCAAAACUGAAGAAGAGAAAGCUUCUGCUGUUGAAACCAUGAAUAAAAAUCUCGAAUAUAUUGAUAACAGAUUAUCAGACUUCAAGUUUUUAGUAGGUGAUACGAUUUUAGUUUGCGACAUUUUCGCACGGAGCUACUUCAGAAUGCUCCAACACUUUAAAGUUGACUUCAGCAAUUAUAAAAACAUUGAAAAUUAUGUCAGUGUUGUAGCCAAGCAUCCUAUAUUCUCUGAAACAAAGCAUGAAUGA